CGUCUCGUGUUUACAUCAGGUUUCUGGCCGUAAAGUAUUAAAUUUGUUAUUGGGACUAACUCCCGGCAUUUAUUUGGCAAAAAUGGCCUUCACUUUGUGGACACUUUUUGAGGCAUCUCUUUUGUGCCUAAAUGCCAUCUGCGUCCUUCACGAAGAGAGGUUUCUGGCCAAAGUUGGUUGGGGUGUGAAUCAAGUGCACGGAUUUGGAGAGCAACCUUCGGUGAAGUCCCAAGUGCUUAAUUUAAUUAGAUCAAUUAGGACAGUCAUGAGAAUUCCUCUGAUCUUCCUCAACAUAUUGACGAUCAUAUUCAAAUUAAUCCUCGGUUAGCCCUCGCCAAGCGGACGUUAGGGCUUCUUUGGAGGUGAAAUUAACAACAAACUCUUCGUUUCUCUUGUCUACAGAAAAACAUGUAAUUAAAGUUUCCAAUUU